GCGUCGCGAUCUCGCGGGCGCGGUGCAUGCUGGGACAGCGGGUCCUCCACGCGCGCCUCCAUCUUUAAACCCCAGAGAAAAACAGCUUCCGCUCAGCCGUACACGCACAUCCUGCGCUCACAUCCACAUUUAUGACACAAUAACCACAGAUCUGCGCUUUGAAUCGACAUUUCGGAGCAGCAGAGACCCGAGGAGCUCAUGGGAGCCGCGUUCGCUGCAUUAGGAGCUUUAUUUCUGCGUUGACGUCCACAAAAACAGAGGCGGAGAAGAUCGCAAGUGCGCACCUCUUCUUCUUUUGUCCGGGUUCUCUUCUCUCGGAGAUGAGUAGUGGAAGAUGUCGGUUUCGGGACUGAAGGCCGAGCUGAAGUUUCUGGAGUCCAUCUUUGAUCCGAACCACGAGCGCUUCAGGAUCCUCGACUGGAAACCGGACGAGCUGAGCUGCCAGUUUAACGUUACCGGAGACCAGCUGCUGAUCAUCCACUGCAACCUCACGGAGUCCUACCCGUCCACGCCGCCGAUAUGGUUCGUGGAGUCCGAUGACCCGAGCCUGACUGGAGUGCUGGAGCGGCUGGAGGAGGUCAGGAGGAGCAGCACACUGCUCUUGCAGCAGCUGAAGAGGCUGAUCUGUGACCUGUGCCGCCUCUAUAAUCUCCCCCAGCACCCCGAUGUGGAGAUGCUGGACCAGCCUCUGCCUGCAGGACCUGUUAACCAGGACAGAAAGCUUGGGACGACAGAUGAGGUCACAUCAGAGGAGGAGGAGGAAGAGGAGAUGGCAGAGGUUCAUGACAUCGAUCUGGAGCACUACGAGAUGAAAGAGGAGGAGCCGGUGGAUGGGAAGAAGUCUGAGGAUGAUGGGAUCGAGAAGGAGAACCUGGCCAUCCUGGAGAAGAUCCGCAAGAACCAGCGGCAGGACCACUUGAAUGUAAGUGCUCACUCGGGCGCCGUGUCUGGAUCUGUUCAAGCGUCGGAUCGCCUCAUGAAGGAGCUCAGGGAGAUCUACCGAUCUCAGAGUUAUAAAAACGGCAUCUACUCGGUGGAGCUGGUCAACGACAGCCUGUACGAGUGGCACGUCAAAGUGAGAACUGUGGAUCCGGACAGUCCUUUACACAGUGACCUUCAAGUGCUGAAAGAAAAGGAAGGGAUGGACUACAUUCUCCUCAGCUUCUCGUACAAAGAUAAUUUCCCCUUUGAUCCUCCGUUUGCACGAGUCGUUUCUCCUGUCCUGUCUGGAGGGUAUGUUCUUGGCGGAGGAGCUCUGUGUAUGGAGCUGCUCACUAAACAGGGCUGGAGCAGUGCCUACUCCAUAGAGUCUGUCAUCAUGCAGAUAAAUGCCACUUUAGUCAAAGGAAAAGCAAGAGUGCAGUUCGGAGCCAAUAAGAAUCAGUACAAUCUUGCCAGAGCGCAGCAGUCGUAUAAAUCGCUGGUGCAGAUCCAUGAAAAGAAUGGCUGGUACACACCGCCCAAAGAGGACGGCUAGAGCACAGCAUCCACACAUGGACAGAGAAUCUUCAGACGGACAUCUUUCUGUCACUGCUUUUCUCCUCUCAUCCCUCGUUUUAACCGGAGCCGCUCCUUCUGACACUCUUCUUUCCCUGCGAGUUAAAAAGGCUCGAUUCGACUCAACUUUGCCCCUCUGACGUUCCUUCAUCAUCUCAGACGAUGCCAAUAUCUGCGAAAGAGCCCAUGCACAGCCUGAUUUUCUGCUACGUUCCUCCAUUUGUUUUGGUUGUGUAUUUAAAAACAGCGUUUAUGCCAUGUCCAGUCAGACUUCACUGUUGUAAACGAACGCCAGGAUCAAGUACAGAUGCGUUUGGAUCGGCGGGAGAUUCCUUCCGUCCUCUGUUUCUUCAUGACUGCUGAUGUGAGAACGGGUUUGAUGUGUUCAUGCCAUCGCAAAGCAUUUCUCUCGGUGCUGUGAGCAGCUCCUCCCUCUCUGUCAGUGGCCAACAGGACUGUCUGGAUUUGUGUUAGCCCCUGCAGUCUCUGGGUGAAGCUGAGUGAGCAAUAAUGCCUUACAAAGGAGGAAAAAGAGUUAGUGUCAUCUCCAGUAUUUCAUUAGAGCUCGAUCUGAUGGCUGUGAACACAAAAAACAGCCCUUCUUUUGUGUUAAUAUCCUUCAGAAGCAGUUCGAUCGCUCGACUCUGUUCCUCUUUUUCUGCAUUGAAUCAGUUUUUCUCUAAAAAGCACUGGGAUUGAUCAGCGGUGUUCUUCACUGUUUAAUUUUUGUGAAUUAAAUUAAUAAAUGACACAUCAAGCCAUAGUUUGAGUCCGUGGAUGUUCUUCCGGCUCCGAGUGUCUGGAAUGUGGAGUGAAGGGUAACUGAUUCCAGAUCUGUUUCUCUUCUCGUUCGUUCGUUCAGACGGUGGAGUGUUUGAUGAAGAGGGUGGGAGGCUUCAAUGCAUUAUACACUGUCAGCAUGCUUCGGUUUUAUUGCAUUUUUUCCCCAUUGUAAGUGUAAGUUUGACCAUGUACAGUACAAUUUGUAAACUUGCAUCAAGUUU